GUGCAGUCGACUGGUGUUGUGCGGGAGUUGCCCCGCAAGGGACAGAGUGGUGUGCAGGCGUACACCGUCGCCACACAGGAGAAUGAAGGAUGGAAACUAAUCCGCAUUAAAGCGUUCACGAGGGACUUGGAGGACACAUCGAGGUACUGUACGAAAGCUGGUCAGGAGGUCAUUGAUUUUGUUGGGACUAAGGCCACAUGUUUUGAAGCAGAUGUCCUCAACGAUGAAAAGCACAGGGAAUACAUCAAGAAUAUCAUUCCUGCUGCCAUCAAACUUCACAGGGAACGACUGCGUGUACAACCCCAUAAAGGCAAAAUAAUCGUGACCCAACUUGAGGGAGACUACUGUGAGAAUUUCACUAUACCCGAAGAGCACCGCACUGAGGGUGUUGACGCUGACUUUGUGCUCUACGUGGCGGCCAUACCGUGGCAUUGGUGGUCUGGUGUCACAUGUGCAAGAGAAAAACCGUCAGGUCGCCCAAUCGUUGGAGUCAUGAGUUUUAUUCCCUCCUUAUACGGUGGCCUGCGAUUGAACGUUCGUCGUUUUGCGCACGAGAUGGCACACGCACUGGGAUUCAAUAUUUUUGAGAUGGAUAAGAAGAACAUGUUGUUCCGUGUUGGUAUUCGCGGCAUGAUUCGUACGGUGGUGCGUUCCCAUGUGGCGAUGGGGAAGGUGAAGGAACACUACGGUUGCCCUGAUCUGGAGGGUGUGGAGCUGGCGCAAGCUGAUGAGUCUCACUGGGUGCAACGUGUGGCGAAGGACGAGUUGAUGGCCGCGCCAAGUGAAUCUGGUGCCGGUUACUAUACAGCACUGACAAUGUCAACAUUUGAGGGUCUGGGGUACUACAAGGCAAACUGGGGAAUGGAGGAACCAAUGAGCUGGGGCCACAAGGGCGGAUGUGACUUUCUCAAGGAAACUUGCACUGAAAACGAGAAACACUUUUCUGAUCAAUUCUGCAAUGACACUACUGCUUUGGGAUGCACGUCGGACCGCACUGCGUACGGGAUGUGCUCUCAGGAAUCACAACGACAAGCAAAUCCAAGUUCCAAUGAUGUCUGUCACUUGAUUGGAGGUUCUCCUGAAGACCUCUUUACAUCCUUUUCUUAUUGUACUGAGGCUAGGGGCGGUCCCCUUACUGGAUCGCUGAUGGGCCCUGAUUCGUGGUGCCUGGAUGGUGAGGGACUGCAGGUGCAAAAUGCUGGGGGGAGGGUUGAGAGCCUGUCCGGUGUGUGUGCGCGGGUGUCGUGUGAUGAAGGCAGACGUGCAGUCGAGGUGCAGUACAAGGGUAGCGACACAUUUAAGGAA